AAUAGUUGGAGUAGUUGGACGUUGGACAUUGGUCCACGAUACUUUUUAGUUAUUUUGAUCCUUGAUGUUUAUCGAAUGACGAAUAAAUCGAAGGCAUAUAUUCUUAAUCAGUUAAAUUUUUAUGUUUAUAGAUUUAAUUUCCAUCAGUAAUUAUUAAUCAUAAAUAAUCAAGAAAAUGUCAUCGGUUACUCCUAAAAAUGUGAUAAAAUCAUUAGAAGUUGUUGGUGAAAUUUUCCAGGAAGAAAAUUUAAAAAUCACAGUUAAGGAAUCUGUUAAAGGUGGUCUUAUAACAGGCAUUGCAGCUCUCGUUGGUGGAUUACUUGGUGGCAAGAGUGGUUUAAUAGCUGGUGGAGUAAUGGGUACUGUAGCUGCGUGUUCAAUGACUAAUGAUUUUAAAUCUUUUCUACAAAUUAUACACGAAAUGGACUAUGAAAAACAAAAAAAAUUGUUUGAUACCAUUCAAAAUGUAGUAUCAUCAAUCGAUAUAAGUGAUGCAGUCAAAUUGAUGCUCUUAUUAACCACAAGUCAAUCAAUAAAACAAGCUGUCAUUCACGAAACUAUAAAUUUUUUGCGCAAUGAAAUGAGUCUGGAAAUAUGUCGUAGUUAGUUUAAUUUUGUUUUAUUGUUAAAGCAAUAAAUAAAAAUGUAUGUAUAAUCA